AUGCCUCCUGCUAUCCUCUCAGAAGAUGACUCGCCAAGGUGGCGUCGAGAACUCCACCCAGCCUGGAAGUCCUUGCGAGAUCUUGCCCACGCUGACCAAAAGUAUAGCAAACUGGAUGAAUCGUCGCCACAACACCCCUACAGGGCAUGUAUUCUGCUCCGUCAGGCCGGCAUACCCUGCAAGAUUUGGGGCCAUGACCUCCAGGACUUCCCCGGCCUCCCGUCAGAUAAAUCCGAGCUCCCUGUUUUGGUGUCCGAUCCAGAGCGCGCCACCGAGGUCCUGAAGAAUAAUGGCUACAUCCCUCUCGAGACAAGACCCGGCGGAAGCAUCAAAGCGAAGCUACGUACUCCCAUCCCAGCCCAAGUACCAGUGCUGACAAAGGCGCUCUGCUGCUCCAGCCAGUGGAAGGCCAAAUACCUCGACAAGUUGGUUUCUUUCAACGUGUUGAUUUUCUCCGCCGCAGAAUACAAGUACUCCCUCCAGGAUGAAGGGACUGGCCUGAGACAUCUGAUCCCGCGUCUGCAUGAGUAUUUCAUCUGCACUGUCGAGAAGUGGCUGGAUCUCGAACAAGAUCAACAUACGUUGCGACUGGGCAUCCCCAUCCUUCUAUCCACCCAGUUCCAUAGAACGGAGGAGGCGGGGACCUGGUAUUUCAAACACCAGAUCCCCAAAGAAUACAGACAGCUUCUGUUCGACAUCCUGGCGAACGUGGUUCUUUUGCGGGAUAUGGUGCGAUGGGAUUGUCUAUUGCACUAUCGAGAGGUCAGAGAUGGUACCCUAGAGGGUCGCUAUAAGCCAUUUCGUCCCCCCCAGAUGCCUGAAGACCCGCUCCUCGACGAGACCCUGCCACCGGUCAUCUCGCAAUACCUGGAGUCGAUGGAUGAGGGUCAUCAUCCUGCUUGA